AGCCGUGCAGAGUCUCGUAGAGCCUUGUUGAAACACAAUUUCACGACGAUCAGGUGCAAACGACAGACGAGGACGUGCCACAUCUAUAUAUACAUAUAAUCGACUACUCCCACUAGAUGCGAGUCGAGCAACUACUUCGAUGUCAUUGGCGUCGAGGAGGCGUGGGUGCCAAGAAACGUCAAAAGAAACGAAAAUGAAUUCCCUGUCCAAAAGAGAGCUACCAAGAAGGCUGUUGAUGAUGAUGAUGACGACGAUGAUGAGUGGCCCCGAGCUUAGGGCCGUGUUGCUAGCUGGUAAAUGCAAAAACUUUAGACAGGGAAUCAAUUGUUGCCUUGUUUUAUUUCGCUGAAAGACACGCAACAACAAUAGCCCAGGUAACUGGCUAAUAAUUUGUCUAGGAGGCGGGGGCGUUGGCGUCGGCGUCGCCGUCGGUGUCGGCGUAGGGCCAACAACCGUGAAAAGCGCUUCAGGAUGACAGUUAUGGGUUACAAAGGCAAGGAUUGAAUCAAAUAAAUAAAGGCACAAGGUUCAGUUCAGUGCAGUCAAGAGCGGGUACGCUGCGGCCCAAAGGCCUAUACAAAGGCCUGUGGAAGGGAGAACGUGGAAGGGUCCUUCGAUGACGGGUUAACCUUACCGUGUGUCCAUGUCAAGUUUGCAUGCGGCUGCAGCAUAUAACAUCACAUAAAACAGAGCUACACAAAGGCACAAAAUGUCUGCGAGCUGAGUGAAGGAACGAAUCAACGAAUCAGUUGCAUUGCAGCAGUUGAAUCGCAAUGAACAUCUGGAAGGCUAAAGUGCUGACGGAGGUGCCGUUCGGUCAUGUGGUCAUCCUUAGCGGCAAAGUCAAGCCGCAUCCCAAUAAAAUCUCGUUGGACUUGACGGAUAAUGUGAAUGCUCAGAAUGAAAGCGAAACGGUUUUCCUCAAAAUCGAGGCCAAUUUUCGCGAAGGCCAGAUCAUACGCAGCAUGUUCCAGCCAGGCGAGGGCUGGCAGCAGGAGGAGAUCUCCAAGAAUUGGAAAUGUGACGGACCCAAGAAUCCGCUAGUGCCGGGUCAGUGCUUCACCUUUCGCGUAGCCGUACUGCAGCGCUGCUUCGAGAUCUAUGUGAAUGACCAGCUGUAUGGGUCGUUCGAGUUCGUCAAAUUUCCCAAGCAAAUCAACUAUGUGCGUGCCUAUGGGGAUUUCGAAAAGAUCACCCAGUUCCAUCAUCGCAUGCUGUUCCCCCUGGUGUUUCCUCGCAGCCUGAUGUGCGUCGAUCGUGUGGCCUUUCAGAGCGAUGUGCCCAGGCGCUACGAGACGGGCACCGUUGUGGCCAUGGAGUGCAUUGCCAAGGGUCCACCCACUACGGAGUUUUCCAUUUGCUUCCAGUGCAACGAUACGGGUCGCAUGGUGCUCAAGUUCCAUGUGAACUUCGAUAGGACGACCGUAUCGCGCUCCUAUCAGCGUGAGGACAACAGCUAUGCCCCUGACGACGAAGAAACCGAAGGCGAAUUUCCGUUUGUGCGUGGCAAACUCUUUAAGAUCGCCUUCGGCAUUGGCGAUCGCUCGUUCCUCAUUGCCGUCAAUGGACAAUAUUUUACCUAUUACAAUUUCCCAUUGCGUCCGUUUUCCAUUUCUACGCUCAAGUGCUUUACCAAUGAAGUGGGCGACUUUUCGGUCAGGAGCUUGGAAUAUCACUCGGAUUCCCCAUUGCUCUCGCGUGUCGAGAAAUUGUCGAUAAUCUAAAGAGGAAUUGUCGAAUUUUGGAAUCUCUCUAGUUGCAAUCGUUGACAUUUUUUUCUAAUACACCAGUUAAUUAGCUACCUGUAGUCUAGCAUGUUUAUUAAAUAAAUCGAAUUCAUUCAAA